AUGAAAAAGCAAGGAUGUAGCUGGACGAAUAUUGCAGGAUCAUGCGGAAGAUCUUGUCCGACUGAGCUAUGCUUAAAGGAUUCGUUUCUCUGGUCCGCUAAUGGUUGGGUAUCAUCUGAAGUACUUAGGAACGUCUGGGGCGCACAAGAGGCCUCACUCUUAAUCGCAUGUAGCGCCGCUAUGCGAGCGCUGAGACCCACUACAGGGGGUUUCUGUAGAAUGCACUGUGGGCCUUACAACGGAACAGCCGAGCAUACAGCGUCAGUGUACGCCUUGAAGGGAGCUUACGCUAAACUUGCCAGAUGUUCUGGGCAAGUUGUUGGUGCAAACGCUGCACAUGCCAAUCAGGUGCAAGCAGCCGCUUCGGAAGAAGGGUCACAGCUCAUCGAACAGGAUGGGCAAGAAGGCCUACGAGAUAUCUCAAGAGCAAGGAACGGGCCUGAGCCCGAAGCUAGCCAGGAGGCAUCUCAAGAAGCCCGCGAAGAGAGCGGGAACGGUGAUAGCGAUCUCAAAGCGGAUUUAUCUGCGAGGUUUCGUAAAUAUUACCGUAUGGCUAUCUCAACACAAGAUAGACAACCUAUGGUGAGUCCCAGAAGAGAAAUCCCUGAUGCCUUCCUACAGGUUGGAAAUGAAAUUCUCGUUGAAGAACUUCAGCGAGCAGGUUCGAAAAACCCGACAUCUUUGAAUGCAGCAGUGUACGCAAUAGCUAGAGCUAUAAGUGCCAAAGCUGUAGAAGAAGCCAGCGAGAGGCUGAUGCCUGGUAAAGAGAGCUUCCGCGAAGCUACUCAGCUAAGGAGUACCCAGAUCAGCUUCAUAUCCACAUUGGCUGCAGAGCUCCUUAGAAGAAGUAUUAAUGGCAAUGGACGAGGUGGGCGAGGUAGAGCGAGGCCUAAAUGCCUUGAAGUUGCCAGACUGUACAAGGUGUCCAGAACUUCCGAGGUUCAAAGGCUCCUGAUUAGUCUCAAGGAUGAAUUGAACAUAUUUCAAAUGGACAUAAAGGAAAUGGAAGACGCAAGAGACGCUUCCUGGUGA